UGCCCGAAACCGGAGCCAACCCUCGGACGCCGGAGCGACCCCCGAGCCUCAGCCAGGCCGGGCCCCAGAGGAAGAGGAGGAAGAAGAGCCGCUGCCCCCGAGGGAGCCCAGCAGGUGGUCUCAGUGGUCCCGUGCACACCAGCUGCCCGGCCCCGACAUGUCCCGGCAUCACAGCCGAUUCGAACGAGAGUACCGCGCCCCCGGCUGGGACCGCCGUGAAUGGAGCGCCAAUGGCACCCAUGGGAGCCUCACCAGCUGUAGUGCCGCGGCCGCUGGCGCCAUCAGUGCCCGGCCCGGCCUCCUGCCUCUGCCCAUCGUGCCCUCCAGGCUCCCCACACCGGCCGCCCCCGGGGCUCCCUGCACCACUGGCAGCAGCGACUCCAUCACCAGCCUCGUGGUCAGCUCCUCCUCCGGGGCCUCCAGCAAGGUUCCUGUCCUCUCCAAAGUAGAGACUCCAUCACAAGGAUUGGCGACCAGUGUCAGGUGGGGGCAGACGCCCAUCAACCAGUCCACACCUUGGGACACAGAUGAGCCACCACCCAAGCAGAUUCGGGAAAGUGAGAACCCAGGGACCACACCUUGGGUGACCGCAGUGACCGCAGGGAGCCAGCCGGCCCUCCUCGCGCAUUCCUAUGGGAUGGCCCAGCCUCCAGCCUUCAGUCCAGCCGUGAGCGUCCCAGCCCCCGUCAUUGGGGUGACCCCUUCGUUACCACUGAUGCCGGCUCACUAUCAGCUCCAGGCUCAGCCUCCCCAGCCACUGAGCGGUCUGGUGGUCACCCUGCCCAGCCAGAACUUGUAUAGCGGCAGCCAGCCCUUGAGCCUAACCUCAAUGCCUGGCGUGGGACCGGCGACCCGCCCAGGCCCCGCGGCCGUAGGCAACGGGCAUAUGGCGUGCCCGGUCCUCCCGCCGCCGCCGCCUCCCUCUGUGCCUGUGGCUGCCCUGCCCAACAGCAUCCCCACCACCAACGGGCCGGCGGGGCCCCCUGCCCCUCCCACAGACUCUGCCCAGGGCCAGAGUGUACAGAUGCUUCGGACAAUUGGCAUGGGGAAAUACGAGUUCACAGACCCAUGGCAUCCCAAAGAAAUGUUGAAGGAGUUGAACCAGCAGCGGAAAACGAAAGAGUUCACAGACCUGAAAAUUAUUGUUGACGGCAAAGUGUUUGAAGUCCACCAAAAUGUGGUAGCUUCCUGCAGCUUGUAUCUCAAGGACCUGAUCAAAAGGUCUCCCCGGGAGCGCGACAGCCGUGACAAGCUGGAGCUCAGCCUGCCGGACCUCCGCGCCGACGUUCUGGAGCUACUCCUCGAGUUCGUCUACACUGGCUCGCUGACCAUCGACGCGGCCAACGCCAAGACGCUGCUGGAGGCCGCCAGCAAGUUCCAGUUCCACACCUUCUGCAAAGUCUGCGUGUCCUUCCUAGAGAAGCAGCUGACCCCUGGGAACUGCUUGGGAGUGCUGGGCAUGGCAGAGGCCAUGCAGUGCAGCGAGUUGUACCACAUGGCCAAGGCCUUCGCGCUGCAGAUCUUUCCUGAGGUGGCGGCCCAGGACGAGAUUCUGAACAUCUCCAAGGACGAUUUCAUCGCCUACCUGUCCAAUGACAGCCUCAACACCAAAGCAGAGGAGCUUGUCUAUGAGACUGUGAUGAAGUGGAUCAAGAAGGACCCGGCGGCCAGAGCACAGCACGCUGCGGAGCUACUGGCCGUAGUGCGUCUUCCCUUCAUCCACCCCAGCUACCUGCUCAAUGUGGUGGACAAUGAGGAGCUGAUCAAGUCAUCUGAGGCCUGCAGAGACCUGGUCAAUGAGGCCAAGCGCUACCACAUGCUGCCCCAUGCACGCCAGGAGAUGCAGACACCCCGCACAAGGCCCCGGCUCUCAGCAGGUGUGGCUGAAGUCAUCGUCCUGGUCGGGGGCCGACAGAUGGUCGGGAUGAGCCAGCGGUCCCUGGCUGCCGUCACCUGCUGGAAUCCCCAAAACAAUAAGUGGUACCCCCUGGCAGCCCUGCCCUUCUACGAUCGGGAGUUCUUCAGUGUCGUCAGCGCCGGGGACAACGUCUACCUCUCUGGUGGGAUGGAGUCGGGGGUGACUCUGGCUGACGUCUGGUGUUACAUGUCCCUGCUUGACAACUGGAACCUGGUCUCCAGGAUGACGGUGCCCCGAUGUCGACACAACAGCCUGGUGUAUGACGGCAAGAUUUACACUCUGGGAGGCCUUGGCGUGGCUGGCAACGUGGACCAUGUGGAAAGGUAUGACACGAUCACCAACCAGUGGGAGCCGGUGGCCCCACUCCCCAAGGCCGUGCACUCAGCUGCAGCUACCGUGUGCGGGGGCAAGAUCUACGUGUUUGGAGGAGUGAACGAGGCCGGCCGGGCUGCCGGGGUGCUGCAGUCCUACACCCCGCACACCAAUACGUGGAGCUUCAUUGAGUCCCCCAUGAUCGAUAACAAGUAUGCCCCGGCGGUCACCCUCAACGGCUUCAUCUUCAUCCUGGGGGGUGCCUACGCCCGGGCCACCACCAUCUACGACCCAGACAAGGGCAACAUCAAGGCGGGGCCCAACAUGAACCACUCCCGCCAGUUCUGCAGCGCAGUUGUGCUGGACGGCAAGAUCUACGCCACCGGCGGCAUCGUCAGCAGCGAGGGGCCGGCCCUGGGCAACAUGGAGGCCUACGAGCCGACCACCAACACGUGGACCCUCCUGCCACACAUGCCCUGCCCCGUCUUCCGGCACGGCUGCGUGGUGAUCAAGAAGUACAUCCAGAGCGGCUGAGGCCGCGGGACACGCCCGUGGGGCUGCGGCCGUGGCUGGGGAGGCCACGCGCAGCAGACGGACGGACGGACGGACACAGGACUCCCUGCACGGACUCGAGAGUAUUCUCUGCAUCGAAUGUACAACAGCCGCCCUCCCCCUGAAUGCGGGGAGCGGGGUUGCGGCUGGUGCUCCGCGCUAGGGAUGCUCUGGUGCCUGCCUGUGUCCUUCGCGCCCUUCCCGCGUCCAGGUGCAAUAGAAACUCCCUCUUUUUUACUUGUGGGAUGGGAGGGACGCAGCCUCCCUCCCUGGCCCAGAGUGAGCCCAGGCUCCGGCCAGGCCGGCCCAAGUGCCCUCACUCACUUUGAGUCCAAGCUCAGCUUUUCAAACCACCUCAGGCUCCCAGCGGCUGAGUGGAGGCGCCUGCCCGGUGGGGCGUGGGGGGGCACUGCGGGGGCAGCUCCCUAGGGGCUGACAGCAGCCUGGAGGGGCGGCUCUGGAUGGGGGGAUGGCAGUGGCAUCCAGGGAGGCUGACAGAGCAGCCCGGCCCCCACCCCCACGCAGAUUGUCGGGCGAGUCUGGCUGCUGGAGGGCAAAAAGCCAGGCCUGCUUUCUCCAAUCCCACCCGAAUUCUUGACCUUUUCGAGAGCCACUUUGGGGGGUUGAAAGGAGGAGGAGGUAAGUAGAGGAAGGGAUCGGGGUGAGAGACUCAUCCCUGCACCCUCUGGGGUGGGAGGAAGCAAGCAAACAGGGCCCUCCCGCUAACUUUUCUACGCCCAUAUUAGAUUCCUGGCUGCUCCUGGGGACCACACCCCAUCUUUAUUUUGGGAGCCUUUCUAGCCCAGCAGCCCGCGGAAGCUGUGCCUUGUGGGGAUGCCCCUGGAGAGGCUGGGACUGGCCUCAGGAAGGAGCGAGUGCCAGUGGGGGCCAGAUCGGGGCCAGGGCAGAGGGGGAGCGUCUCUCUACAAAGCACAGGAGAUUAUUUUUGAUAUUGAUAGCUAUAUAUUGAAUGGCUCCCAUGAGAGCUCAUGAUGGGGACAGCCUUUUUCAAUUUUUAACUAGUCCAUGACACCAGAGCAUGCCCCCUAGAGGUAGCUCUGGGCCAGGCCUCUCCAGCCAGGGACGGGCAGGGCAGAAUGCCUCCUGCCAAGCCUGGGCAGCCACUGGGCAUCAGGAGAGCUGUGCAGGGGGUGCAUAUCCCCCACUGGCCUCCAGCCCAUGGGUCAGGGACGCAGAGACAUGGACAGCGAGAUCUCUGUGUCCCAGGAUCUGAGCCCCCACUCGGACCUCUGAUCUGCAGGGUCUGGCUCCACCUUGCCGCCGAUCCUGGUUAUGCAGCGAUGUGGGAGAUUAUUUAUUCUUUUUUUAAAAGUAAUAAGCACAAUGAAACUCCACCCCGUCCUCCGUCAUGGCGCCUCCAUGGUCCACAGGGUGCGGGCUGCGAGUCUGCCUCCGAGGGAGGCCCAGCCAGCAUCCCAGCGGGAUGACUGACUUCCUCUCCUCGUCGGUCACACUGGAGCGAAGCUGGCAAUUUCUGUGAGCUCUCUGAACAGGGUUCUCUGCUACAGGAGUGUAUAUAGCUAUGUUUAUUGGUUAGCUCUUGGUAUACCGUAAUAAAUCUAUUUAUAGACCUA